AUGGUUGAAGGUUAUGUCCGUUUGGUUGGUACUCGUGACCCUCUGGUGGGUCGGUAUCGUGAACCUCUACCGGAACCUGAUGCAAGGAGUGUGAGUGUGUCGUUGCCCUUCGCUCUACUUGGAGCAACUGGUUCUGCGGGUGUACUACCCGUCCCCCCGACUAUCUGCCCUAGUGAAGCACAGGGUGUAUGUACCCGUAAUGCUUCUACCCAGACUACUGGUAUGAUUGAUGAGUCUGUUCAGACG